AUGAUUGAGAAGGUUAUUCCGCAGCUUAAGAUUUUGAUAUUUCAUCUUGAACUUCAUGAUGAACUCAUCGAAUUUUCCUCUCUGUGCAUAUUUGAAAGUCUCUACCUCAGGAGGCAUCGUGGCGUCAAACCCCCUGGUUACGAAGUAGUCGAAAGUUCAAUAACAAUCAAUGACACAGCGCUUUCGGCUCAAUUGAAGAGCAAGGAUCUCAUCCUAGAUCUCUUCGUAUUCGCUUUAGAAGAUUCAACUUUUCGAAUUCUUAUUGAUGAAUCAAAAGGUACUAUUCGUCAACGCUAUAGGCCACUGGAUUCUCUCAAGGAAAAAGAGCCUAAGCAGCAGAAGUUCAAAAGCAGCAAAACGAACAAAACGGUAUCAGUAAUAGUGACGCAUGAUGACGACCGUGUUGACAUCACUCACAGUCCAUUCCGGAUCGACCUAUACUCUAAGGAUACACUGGUGGUUUCCAUCAACUCUGGAGGACUUCUUAUGGUCGAACCAUUCAAAAAAAAGGUGUUCCUGUCAGAUCGCGAGAAGGGAUAUUGGGAGGAGACUUUCAAAGGCCAUAAAGACACUAAACCCUUUGGUUCAUCAUCUGUUGGUAUUGAUAUAGCUUGGAUUGGAAUGAAUUUCGUGUACGGUUUGCCAGAGCAUGCAGAAUCGUUCGCAUUGCGUGAUACGAGGAACUAUGAGCCUUACCGACUUUACAACCUUGAUGUAUUCGAAUAUGAUCUGAACAGUCCGAUGGCUCUCUAUGGAUCAGUACCCUACAUGGUUGCUCUUAACCCCAAGAGAACUAUUGGUCUUCUGUGGUUGAACGCAGCCGAAACAUGGGUGGACAUCGAGUACACAACAGCUGACAAGGGUAUCCUUGCAAAAGUUGUUGCCGACUCCGAUAUCCAUGCAAAGGAAGUACGGCAAAUUAAUAGUCAUUUCAUAUCGGAGACUGGAGUCAUAGAAGUUUUCGUCACUCUCGGACCUCAGCCACAAGAUUCCGUUCGCCAGCUAGCAACACUUAUUGGAGUCUACUCUCUUCCACCGGAGUUCUCCAUUGCAUAUCACCAGUCACGUUGGAAUUAUAACGAUCAGAAGGACGUCAAAGAAGUUCACGAUGGAUUCGACGAACACGACAUUCCCUUUGACGUGAUGUGGCUAGAUAUUGAGCACACGGACGGCAAACGCUAUUUCACAUGGGAUCCGAGGACUUUCCCGAAUCCAUUGGAGAUGAUAGCAGAUCUUUCCUCAAAAGGCCGUAAAUUAGUCACCGUCGUAGAUCCGCACAUCAAGACAGACAGCGAGUACUUUGUUUACGCUGAAGCCAAGAAAUAUGUAAGUGCAACAUUUUCGUAA